UGAAAAGAAGGUCCAUUGCAAUUGGGAAGUCUCACCCACGGGGAACACGUCUUUCAUGCGGCAUCCGUGAGCACUCCUUCUUGUAGGGAGACAGACCUGAAUAUUUCAACGGAAGAGUCAAAUUAGAUUUAUUCACGUUUUGAUUUUUAGAGAUAGGGUCUCUGUGAUAGCCCAGGCUGGCCUCGCAACUGCUGGAAUUACAGGCAUGCGCUGCCAUACUUAGCAACAGAUAGUUUUGAAUUUAAUAAAAUUUAAACCUUAGGUGAAUGAUAAUUUCUCUUGUAUUUUAUUCUAGAAGUAUUAUACAUUUAACUUACAUUGGGCCUGUGUUUAAUUUUGAGUUUUUGUACAUGUAUUGGGUAAGCCUCAGAACUCAUAUUUUUGCACCAGCCAUCAAGUUAUUCCAGUAUUAUUGUUGAAAAUAAUAUGCUUUCUGGUGAUGAGAUGAGAUGGCUCAGCAGGUAAAGGUGCUUAGCACUAAGGCUGACUACCUGAGGUUUGAUCCGGAGACCCAAAUGGUAGGAGAGAACCAGCUUUUCUUCCGCAACUUGUCCUCCGAAUGCUACAAGUGCACUGUGGAAUAUGCAUGUACAACCACAGGUGUGAAGAACAACUUUUCCUCAAGUUCAAAACAUCUUGAUGAAGAUUUGUCUAAACUAUUUGAUGACAUCAUGCUGCAGGUGUUCACCAGCAACCUGGAUGAUGUAUCAAAAGAGGCAAGAACAGCUGGGAGACUGAUCACCUGGAGAGACGUGAAUGAAACUCAUCUCCACCUGAACAGCUUCAACAAUUCUGAGUUUGCGUCAAGUUCACAUACGCCAGAGGACCAUUUGGCUAAGAUAUUUGAUGAGAUCCUGCUGCAGGUCUUUUCCAACGAUCCAAAAUAUUUAUCAAAAGAAGACGCCAGAGCAGCUGAUGGGCUGGUUAUGUGGAGAGACGUGGUGAAUGAAGCUCAUGUUGCUGAGAAGAUGAAUAAGGAACCGUCUCUAUUCAACAGGGAUGUAAGCCAUCAAUUAACUACUGCUGCCAAAGAAACACUCCAAAGAUUAGUUAUUCGAGAUGCUCACAGUGAGGGUCUGCCUUGCAGACAGCUGCUGAGUUUCCUGCAGAAGAACAUCAUCACUGCCUCCAUUGCUGUGGCUGCAAUCCUCCUGGUCACUGUGUUUGUGGUGCUUGUCCUGGUCACAUAUAUAAGGCGGAAACAGCCAAGGUAUCCUCCAGCCAACAUGACGUACAAUAUUUUCAUAAUGAACGGGAAGGCCUGGUGGCAAAAGUCUCAGGAGAAACACCUCAGAAAAUUCACAGGAAAGCAGAAAUCCCUGAAGUGUAACUCCUGCGUCUAAGCCGGUGGAGGAGCCAGCAAUCCGUCACCAGGCCACUGUCGGACAGAA